AUGGGUUUUCUUGCGACGGCUGUGGCUCUUGUAGCGGGCCAGGGCGGCUUUAUCUAUGGCCUAGACUCGGGCAUCAUUGCGACAACCUUCGGCCAUGACAGCUUCAAACUCGCCAUUUACGGACCAUCGAUGGUCAACACCACGUAUCAAGGAGCUAUUGUUUCCGUGUACAACGCCGGACAGGCCAUUGGUGGCUUGACCACCGGAUACGUUGCCGAUAAGCUCAGCCGAAAAUACACCAUCAUGAUUGCGUCCAUUUUGACUAUUAUUGGCGCGGUCCUCCAAUGCGCCGCUGUUAACAUAGGCAUGAUGAUCGCAGGUCGUCUUGUAGCAGGCAUCGGCUGCGGCCAGAUUCUCUCAGUCGUCCCAAUUUAUCUCGCCGAAGUAUCAAAGCCAGACCAGCGCGGCUUUCUAGUCGGUCUCCAAGGAAUGAUGAUUGCUAUUGGCUUUGGUGUCGCCAAUUGGAUCGGAUACGCUGGGGCAUUUGCCAACGGAGACGGACAGUGGAGGAUUCCUCUUGCUAUGCAGCUCCCUAUUCCAGUUCUGCUUGUCGUCAUGAUCUUCUUCGUCCCCUUCUCCCCGCGUUGGUUGGUAUUGAAGGAUCGGUAUGAUGAGGCUGGACAGGUCCUUACUCGCCUGCAUGAUAAUGGCCAUGACGAGACAUUCGUUGAGCAGGAGCUUUUGCAGAUACGAACCCAAAUUCAGCUCGAGAGGGAACAGGGUAAUCUGGACUGGCUCACAGCGCUUGGACUCAUGUUCUCCCGCAAGUAUAUCCGUCGGACUCUAACGGCUUCAUUCAUCGUUACUAUGAGUCAACUCUCAGGGUCAUCCGUAAUCCAGAAUUUCCAAGGCGUUUUCUACCAAACAGUAGGCUUUACAGGCCGUACUGCACUACUGAUCAGUGGUGUCUAUGGUAUGAUGGGCAUCAUCGGUCAGAUCAUCUACCUCUUCCUUGUUGCGGAUAAGAUGCCUCGAACUCGCACACUGUGGUGUGGAUCUAUUGUACUCUGCGUCAUGAUUGCUAUUUGCAUGGCUCUCAGCGCCGAGUUUGGGUCAUCACAUAACGACAACCAGGCCGGUGCAAGAGGCGCCAUUGCGUCUAUCUUCCUCUAUUCCAUGAGCUAUGCUAUCUUCUUCAACGCCAUGAUUUGGGUGGUACCUUCAGAGCUCUUCCCUUUCUUCUUGAGAACUAAGGGUAUGGCUCUAGCUGUUGCGACCAAGGCGAUAGUGGCUAUUGUUUUGUCUCAGAUAACGCCACUGGCUAUCGCUAACGUGAGCUGGCGAUACUAUUCACUUUUCAUUGCAUCCAAUGCCGCUGCCGCCGUGUUCUACUUCUUCUUCCUACCCGAAACUUCCGGUAAAAGCCUCGAGGAGAUCGCUGCUUUAUUCGGGGAUGAUGUUGUUGUUUCAUCUUCCCAAGCCGAAGCGAAGGUUAGUCAUACUGUCGAGACCUAUCAAUUGGAACAUAGAGUCUCCGACAGACAAGAUUAG